AUGGCUGAAAACACUGAGAUCGACUACACGCUCAACAACCCCGAUACUCUGACCAAGUACAAGACCGCCGCCCAGAUCUCCCAUAAAGUGCUCGAGGCCGUUUCAGGAUGGUGCGUUGAGGGAGCAAAGAUCGUCGAGCUCUGCGAGAAGGGAGACAAGCUGCUCGACGAGGAGGUGGCCAAGGUCUACAAGGGCAAGAAGGUGUCGAAAGGUACUUAUACCAACUAUAUUAUACCCCGGAUGCUAGACGAAAAUAAAAAGAAAAAGAAAAAAAAGAAGAAGAAGAAGAAGAAGAAGAAGAAGACUGAUGAUGUAAAAAGGCAUAUCUCAUCCAACGACGAUGCGGAAGAGGCUGCCACCGAGCUCAAGGCCAACGAGGUGGUCAAGAUUCAGCUCGGUGCUCAGAUCGAUGGAUUCGGGACCAUAGUCUGCGAUACCAUCGUCGUGGGAGGAAAGGUCACCGGCCGUGAGGCAGACCUGCUGCUGGCCACCUACUACGCCAACGAGCUGCUGCUCAGGCUCAUGGUUCCCCCGGGGCUCGUUGCUCAGGGCACAGAGGAAGAGAAGAAGAAGGCGGCUGCCGAGAAGCCACCAACACAGGCCAAGAUAUCCAGCUUGCUCGAGAAGGUAGCCAAGUCAUACGACUGCACAGUCGUCGAGAACACCACCAGCUGGCUGUUCGAGCGCAACGAGAUCGAGGGAAGCAAGAAGAUCAUUGUAGCCCCCGGAACGGGAGUCAAGGGCGAGGGAACACCCGAAGUGCAGGAAAUCUGGGGUGUCGAGGUCGGGCUCAGCUUGGGAUCCGGCAAGGUCAAGACUCUCGAGCAUAGACCAACCUUGCACCGCCGUACCACAACUACAUAUAUCCUCAAGAGACCCAGCUCCAGACAGACCCUGUCCGAGAUUGUCAAGAAGUUUGGAACUUUCCCCUUCAGUUUGCGUCAGCUGGAUGAUGAGCGGGCCGGCAAGGUCGGCGUCGUCGAGUGUGUGCGAGGUGGCGUCGUGCGUCAGUACGAGCCAGCCGGAGAGGCAGACGGUUCUCCUGUCUCAAGACUUUUGACAACAGUUGCCAUUUUGAAAAACGGACUGAGCAGACUGGCUGCUCCACCACCACUUGACUUAGAGAAGGUCCAGUCAGACAAGAAGAUCACCGAUGAAGAAGUGCUGGCCAUCCUGGAGCGCCCACUGGCCAAGUCCACGGGCUCCAAGGGCAAGAAGAACAAGAAGAAGAAGAAGAAGCCAGCCAAGAAGGCUGUCGAGGAGGAAGAAGACGACGAGGAAGAAGAUUCCGACGAGGAGUAG